GUCUCAUUUCCCCUUCCCCCACCACCAAACAACACUUUUGUCUUCUCUCUUUUAAUAGCUUCUUUCACUUCUUCUUCUCCACUGUUAACGGUCGGAAGCUAAAGAGAUGUCUUCUCACCGUUCCUUACUCUUCUUCAUCUUCUUCUUCCUCACUUCGCGUUCUUCUGUUUUCUCCAGAAUCUUGCCUGAGAUCUCCCUAACCACCACCAGGUCUAUACUCGAUGUCGCCGACUCCAUUCACAAAACCAAGAACCCGUCGUCGUUUCAGCUCAACCAGCAAGAAGAAGAGAGUCAAUGGCCUUUUAGCUUGAAGCUUCAUCCACGGGCUUCUGUCCGAGGAGUUGAACACUCAGACUACAAGUCACUCACGCUAGCCAGACUCGACCGCGACACAGCUAGAGUCAAAUCUCUCUUUACACGUUUAGAUCUAGCCUUAAACAACAUAUCCAAAGCAGAUCUCAAGCCCGUUACCACAAUGUACACCACCGAGCAGGAAGAUAUCGAAGCUCCUUUGAUCUCCGGCACUACUCAAGGAAGCGGCGAGUACUUCACACGCGUCGGAAUAGGGAACCCGGCGCGUGAGGUUUACAUGGUGCUCGAUACUGGAAGUGACGUUAACUGGCUACAAUGCGCUCCUUGCGCUGACUGUUACCACCAGACCGAACCAAUCUUCGAGCCAGCCUCUUCCUCUUCUUACCAAUCUCUCUCUUGCGACACUUCACAGUGCAAAGCCCUUGAAGUCUCGGAAUGCAGAAAUGCCACGUGUCUCUACGAAGUUUCUUACGGUGACGGUUCUUAUACCGUCGGAGAUUUCGCCACCGAGACUCUCACAAUCGGCUCAACUUCGGUCCAAAACGUCGCCGUCGGAUGCGGACACAGCAACGAAGGUUUGUUCGUCGGCGCAGCCGGUUUGCUCGGUCUCGGCGGCGGUUUGUUAGCUCUUCCGUCGCAGCUCAACACGACGUCCUUCUCGUACUGCCUCGUUGACCGUGACUCAGACUCGGCUUCAACGGUUGAAUUCGGGACUUCUCUCCCUCCUGACGCCGUCGUGGCUCCGUUGCUACGUAACCACCAGCUCGACACGUUUUACUACCUUGGACUCACCGGAAUAAGCGUCGGCGGCGAGUUGCUUCAGAUUCCUCAGUCUUCUUUCGAGAUGGACGAGUCAGGAAGCGGCGGGAUCAUCAUCGACUCAGGAACCGCCGUGACUCGUCUCCAGACCGGAAUCUACAACUCGCUCAGAGACUCAUUCUUGAAAGGAACGUCGGACUUGGAGAAAACAACGGGCGUUGCAAUGUUCGACACGUGUUACAAUCUAUCAACCAAGACGACCAUUGAGGUCCCGACGGUGGCUUUUCACUUCCCCGGUGGGAAAAUGCUGGCUCUGCCGGCGAAGAACUACAUGAUUCCGGUGGACUCGGUGGGGACUUUUUGUCUGGCGUUUGCACCGACGGCGAGUUCGUUAGCGAUCGUAGGCAACGUGCAGCAACAAGGGACACGUGUCACUUUCGAUUUGGCUAAUUCUCUCAUUGGAUUCUCGUCUAAUAAAUGCUAAAUUAGUGUGACAAUGAAAAAUGAAAAAGUCGCUUUCCUAAGUUUAAUUAGAGAGUACACUGUCGUCUGGUUAUGUUUGGUUUCUUGUACUUACCUUUGUUGCAUAGAGUAAAACAGAUGGAAUUUGUUUUGUUUUA